AUGUCUUCGCUCGAUAUCAAAAACCUAUUUGGGGUUCAGGGCUAUGUCGCCGUUGUAACGGGCGGUAGCAGCGGCCUAGGUCUUAUGAUAUGCAAGGGCCUCGUUGUCAAUGGAGCAAAGGUGUAUCUAGUCGCGCUUCCGACGGACCCUAUAGAUGAGCGAGUCGCUGAGCUUUGUCAAUUGGGCCGAGACUCUGGUGGCGGCAGUGCUAACUACAGCAUUGCAUGCAAUGUUUCGUCCAAGCAGUCCAUCUCCGAGCUUGUCGCCAAGAUAAGCCAGCAAGAAAAACACAUCGACCUUGUGGUCUCGAAUGCGGGCAUCCGCCGCGAUCCUCCCGUGGCAUGCAAUGUGCAAGAAGCGUCUCUGGCCGAGUUGCAAGCUUCCAUGUGGUCUUCACCAGAGUCGGACUGGGCCGAUACAUUUAGUGUGAACUCUUCCGCCCACUACUUUUUGUCAGUCGCAUUUUUGCAUCUGCUCCAGGCUUCGUCUCGCGGUUCCAUAGUCAUUACUAGUUCUUGUGCCAGUAUGCACAACGUGACGAAUGUAGACCUGACUAGUUAUGCUGCAAGCAAAGCUGCAACCGAUCACAUAGUAAGGUUACUUGCAGCAAAGUUCAGUCGAUUCUACGUUCGGGUCAAUGGUAUCAAUCCUGGCUUUGUGCCGAGUGCAAUGAACCCAGUCGGCCAAGAAGGAAAUAUCUUUAGCAAUUUAUUUGACAAAGUGCCGGCAAAAAGGGCUGGGGGAGAAGAGGACAUUGCGAGUGUUGUUAUCUAUUUAGCAAGUCGAGCCGGGGCAUAUGUUGAUGGUGUCUCUAUCUGCGUAGAUGGAGGCCGCAUUCUGCUGGCUAAUGGGCAAUAA